AUGCUGUACCUUGUGCUUGCUUCAGUGCUGAUUGCCGGAGCCCUCGGCUGCGGCAAGCCUCCUAUUCAACCCCUGACCACCCGUGUGGUCAAUGGGGUGGAAGCUACAGCUCAUAGCUGGCCCUGGCAGAUUUCUCUGCAGUAUGAGAGGAAUGGACAGUGGGGACACACUUGUGGAGGAUCCCUGAUUGCCACCAACUGGGUGAUGACCGCUGCUCAUUGUAUCAACACUGACCUGACCUACAGGGUGUAUGUUGGCAAACACAACCUGCUGGAGAGCGAGUCUGGCUCCAAGGCCAUUUCUCCCGAAAAGAUCAUCGUGCACGAGAAAUGGAACUCCAUGUUCGUGGCCCAAGGAAAUGAUAUUGCCCUGAUCAAGCUGGCUGAGCAUGUGACACUGAGCAACUCUAUCCAGCUGGGCUGUAUUCCCACUGCCGGCACCAUCCUGGCCAACAAUUACUCCUGCUACAUUACUGGAUGGGGCAGGAUUUACACCGGAGGUCCCAUCUCUGAUACCCUUCAGCAAGCUCUGAUGCCCGUGGUGGACCAUUCCACCUGCUCUAAGUGGGACUGGUGGGGUUCCACUGUCAAGACUAGCAUGGUUUGUGCUGGAGGAGAUGGCGUUGUCGCUGGCUGCAAUGGGGAUUCUGGUGGCCCACUGAACUGUCAGAACUCACAGGGAGUCUGGGAAGUCCACGGUAUUGCCAGCUUUGUGUCUGGUCUCGGCUGCAACUACCCAAAGAAGCCCACCGUCUUCACCCGUGUGUCUGCAUUCAACGACUGGAUAAGCAAGGUAAUGACAGUAACUCAAGAAUAA